CCAUUUUGUAAGAGACUGUACCUUCCCUCCAAAACUGACAGAAAAGUAUUCAUUAAACCGUUAUCACACAAUCAACAGGGUCCCCUUAAUUCGGGCAGGAGGUCAGGUGAGUGAGAGAAUUGAGCUCAGUCAAUUUGGGGACGCUCCUCCCAACUUGCUCCAACCCAAGCCCGAGAAGGUCACUUUCUCUUUAAAUGCAAAUCACUCCCGCCAGCUUAGCUCCCACCCGCUGGCGUUCCCGGGAGGAGCGUGCGGAGGGCGCCGGGCACCGGCCCUCCGGCAACGCUUGGGACCCCAAGCCUCCAGGCCUGAGGCUUACCAGCACCCAAUGGAUGACAAAAAGAAGAAAAGGAGUCCCAAGCCCUGCCUGACCCAGGCAGCCCAGGCCCCAGGCACACUACGCAGGGUCCCUGUGCCAACUAGCCACAGUGGCUCUUUGGCCCUGGGACUCCCUCAUCUACCAUCCCCCAAGCAGCGGGCCAAGUUCAAGAGAGUAGGCAAAGAGAAAUGCCGCCCAGUACUGGCUGGAGGUGGGGGCGGCUCUGCAGGCACGCCCUUGCAGCACUCCUUCCUGACCGAGGUGACUGAUGUCUAUGAGAUGGAGGGGGGUCUGCUGAAUCUGCUCAAUGAUUUCCACUCCGGCAGGCUGCAAGCCUUCGGGAAGGAAUGCUCCUUCGAGCAAUUGGAACAUGUUCGAGAGAUGCAGGAGAAGCUGGCCCGGCUGCACUUCAGCCUGGAUGUGUGUGGGGAAGAGGAGGAUGAGGAAGAGGAAGAGGACGGAGUCACGGAGGGGUUGCCUGAGGAGCAGAAGAAGACCAUGGCGGACCGCAACCUGGACCAGCUGCUUAGCAAUCUGGAAGAUCUUAGUAAUUCUAUACAGAAACUGCACCUGGCAGAGAAUGCUGAGCCUGAGGAGCAGUCAGCUGCAUAGGUGUAGUACCCAGGCCCACACUGCCUCUUUCAUUCUCUUCAAACUGUGACUUCCCUUCGUGGUGGUGCACGCCUAUAAUUCCAGCUACAUGAGAGACUGAGGCAGGAGGAUCUCAAGUUCAAGACCAGCCUGU